AUGAGCAAGCGGUCGCUCGAGGAGUUCAGGGGAGGUGCGCAACGAUCGCCCGACCCCGAAACCAAUGGCCUACUGCCUAUUCAUGACCUGCUCUCGCCAGGCGAGGAGGAGAACGGGCAGUCUUCCGGACCGACCAAGAAGCCUAGAAACUUCAUUGCCACAGUUGCGUGUGAGACAUGUCGUCUGAAGAAGACGCGAUGCGAUGAAUCACGGCCCAGAUGUGGGCUUUGUAAGUCGCUCGGCCUGGAGUGUGUUUACAAUGAGCGUAAAUCAUCCAAACGCGACCAAUCCCUUACUAUGAUCAUGAGUACUCUGCAUCGUCUAGAAACAAAAUUAGAAAAUAUCCCCACAUCCAUCUUGAGCGAUAUGCAGUCUUUUCGGAGCCAGAGUCGUACUCCUGCCGAUGGAUUGAAUGCGCAAACAUCGCCUGCUGUCAUCGACGGCAACCAGACAUCCAUGCUGGCCGCCAUGGGAGACAACUUCACUCCCGCCGCCGCAGGGGAUAGCGAUGAUUUUGAAUUUGAAGAAAAUCAAACAAAGCCUGAUGCGGCUGGUCGAAUUUCUAUCUCUUUCAGUCAACAUGGAGUUAUUCUGUGGCCCGGAGCCCGGCAAAUUCUACCCAAACAAUUACUUGCUGCCUAUGAGCUGCUUGGGAAGAACUAUGUCAUUGAAUUGGAAUCAGCACGACCUCCACUUCCAAUCUUUACAAGUCAUUAUCCUCUCCAGGCGGGAGAACAUUGGCUAGAGGAGCUUCCACUGGCAAUGAUCAGAGGCCUGGCAGAUGCGUUCUUUAGUGUUUUCAACCCAUCCACCCCUAUCAUGGACAAAGGCUUCUUCUUUUCCUUUACUCUUGGCUCGGCUAUUGAAAGUGGCUUCGGCUAUAGUUUGGAAAGCUGUCUUGUUCUCAAUGUGCUAGCACUGGGAUGUCUUGCUGUACUGGCCUCUCAAGAAGGAAACUAUCCUUUGCCAGGAACCCGGAGUCAUCAAUUUGAACCACCUGAAUGGAUCAAUGUGGUAUAUGAAGAACAACCUGGACUGCGUUUCUUCAACGAGGCUCGUCGACGUAUUGGUUUCUUGAUGUGCGACAAUGACAUCCAGAGCUGUCAAUUUUACCUCCUCUCCUCCGUAUAUUAUAGUCAAAUUCCCCGUCCAAUGGACUCUUGGGCAAUGCUUCAUCGUGCGGCUACAUGCUGUCUGUCAAUGCUGACCAAUCAUGAUGUGAAUUUCGACGGAUGGGAAGGUGACAUGAAAUCCCGCGUGUAUUGGAAUUGCCUGAUGAACGAAACAAUCCUUGUGCAAGAGCUACACCUCCCGUCAAGCGGCCUUUCGCGCCUUGAAGAACAAGUUCCGAUCCCAAAAUUCAUCGGCUUUGAAACAACAGGCUACGCUGCUACCCGCUACAACUCUUCAAACGUGGUUGACGACUCAUACUUCCAAUAUCACUUCCUGGCCCAGGUAGCCCACCGCAUUAUUCUCACCCGCAUCCGCCAUUCACUAUACUUCUAUUCCGACUCAGGAUCUUUCCCUCUUCCUGCUGUAAACGCAGAACUCAAUCACCAACUCGAACAAUGGCGCACCAAUCUCCCAACCGCAAUUCAAUUCUCAAAUCCAGCCACAAACAACCACACAAAUGCAAAUACCCCCUACUCCUCACAUAACACACCAGCCGACCAUUCCUCCAUACAUCCCUCGCCCGGCUCAACGGCAUCCCCAAUCCCAAACCAAACCCAACUGUCCUCUCCAAGGCCCAGAGUCACCGACCCAAACCGCCCCCUCUCGCCUGCCGUAGCAGUGACAGACGCAAUGCUGAAAGGCCGCUACAUGAUCGCCCGUUUCCAUAUCGGUCGGCCAUAUCUAUACAAGGCCCUCCGGAACCCAGCUCUCCUUACAGACGAAGACUUCGAGCAGGUAAAGAGCGGUCUACUGAAUGCAAUGGACUGGCCCAUCUCCCAGGGUAUUUUCCGGAAGAUGAAGAGUUGCAUCCCGAUUAGGUUUGCGUUUUGUUCGCAGUUCUUUGGUCAGAUACUUCUCUAUUACUGCAUUGCUCACUCGCCUAGCCCUCGUCUCCGUGAUACUCUGCCUGGGGGUUGGGAACGCUGGGUUGGAGAGAUGCUGGGCUUUUUGGAGGAUUGUGCUGUGCAUAGUCCGGCUGUUGCCCAGGACCUGGAGCUUUUGCGGUCUUUGUGGCCUGAGCAUUAA